UUCCAUGGAUAUUCUUUCUUUGUUGAUCUUUGUUGCAUGUAUACUCAUCCCUUCUCUCAAAGUAUCCACAGCCAUUGACACCAUUCAUCUGUCCCAAUGCAUCAGUGAUGGCAUGACCUUGGUUUCCCAAGGUGGAAAAUUUGAAUUUGGUUUCUUCAGUCCUAAUCACUCCAACAAACAUUACCUUGGAAUUUGGUACAAGAACAUUAUCCCACAGACAGUUGUUUGGGUUGCGGAAAGGGCCAUCAAUGAUUCCUUAGCCAUCUUAACUGUCAACAGAACAGGCAACCUUGUCCUCAGACAUCACGACAACGUUGUUUGGCACACACCAUCUGAGAAACAAGCACAGAAUCCAGUGGUGCAGCUUCUGGAUUCAGGGAACCUUGUGGUAAGAGAAGAGAGUGAAACAGACCCAGAAGCCUAUUUGUGGCAAAGCUUUGAUUACCCUUCAGAUACAGCACUGCCAGGGAUGAAGUUGGGAUGGAACCUCAGAACUGGUAGGGAAUGGAGAAUGACAUCUUGGAAGAGUCCUGAUGAUCCAUCCCCAGGAGACUUUUAUUGGGGUAUGUUGCUCUAUAAUUAUCCUGAGUUUUAUCUGAUGAAGGGAAAAGAAAAGAUUUUGAGAAUUGGACCAUGGAAUGGCCUACAUUUCAGUGGUAUACCAGAUCAAAAGCCUAACCCCGUUUAUGCUUACCACUAUAUAUCCAACAAGGAUGAAAUAUACUACACUUAUAGCCAGGAGAAUGAUGGUGUGAUCUCAAGAUUGGAAAUAAAUCAAACCUCUUCCACGAUUUCUCGAUAUGUGUGGAUGGAGGAUAAACAAUUUUGGAAGGUCUACAAAUCAAGGCCAAGGGACAAUUGUGACUAUUAUGGCAUGUGUGGAGCCUAUGGGACUUGUGUGAUUACAGGCUCACAAUUUUGUCAAUGCUUAGAAAAGUUCAGUCCCAAGUCACCAAAAGCAUGGAACAAAGCUGAUUGGAGUCAAGGAUGUGUACGAAAUAAACCAUUAAACUGCACUAACAAGCUUAGGGAUGGAUUUAUGAAAGUGAAAGGUGUAAAACUUCCAGAUACUACACAUACUUGGGUAGAUGAGACAAUAGGUCUAGAAGAGUGCAGAGUCAGGUGCUUGAAUAAUUGUUCUUGUAUGGCCUAUACUAAUUCAGACAUAAGAGGUGAAGGUAGUGGUUGUGUCAUGUGGUUUGGCGAUCUAAAUGACAUUAGGCAGUUUGACGGUGAGGGGCAGGAUCUGUAUAUUCGAAUGGAUGCUUCAGAAUUAGGGGAACAAAGACACUACAAGGAGGUGCUAAUAUUAGUUUAUACCACCAUUGCUAUAAUUUUAGGGAUGCUUUUGGUUGGUUGUUUUCGUAUCUACGUUGGCCGGUGCACCAUAACAGCGUAUUCAGAUAUUCUACGUAAUCAAAAUAGGGGAGGUAGUGAGGAUGAUCAAGAUCUCCCAUUAGUUGACCUUUCAACAAUAGUCACUGCUACUGAUAACUUCUCAAUAAAUAACAAGAUAGGAGAAGGUGGUUUUGGACUUGUGUACAAGGGAAGAUUAGUAAGUGGACAAGAGAUUGCUGUGAAGAGGCUUUCAAGAACCUCUGGACAAGGAAUGAGAGAGUUCAAGAAUGAAGUAAAGCUGAUAGCAAAACUCCAGCACCGAAAUCUUGUUAAGCUUCUUGCUUGUUGUGUUCAACAACAAGACAUAAUGCUGGUUUAUGAAUACAUGACUAACCGUAGCUUGGAUCGGUUGAUUUUUGAUGAUACUGAGGCUAAACUACUAGAUUGGCCUAAGCGCUUCAACAUUAUUUGCGGAAUUGCUCGAGGUCUUCUUUAUCUUCAUCAAGAUUCUAGAUUGAGGAUAAUUCAUAGAGACCUCAAAGCAAGCAAUGUUUUGAUUGAUGACCAACUAAACCCAAAAAUAUCAGAUUUCGGCAUUGCUAGAAUUUUUGGAGGAGAUGAGACCGAAGGAAGUACACAGCGAGUAGUUGGAACUUAUGGCUAUAUGGCACCAGAAUAUGCAGCUGAUGGUAUUUUUUCAGUGAAAUCUGACGUUUUUAGUUUUGGUAUUUUGAUGCUGGAGAUUAUAAGUGGAAAGAGAAGUAGAGGUUUUUAUAUUGAAAACCACUCUCCUAACCUUGUCACUCAUGCAUGGAGUCUGUGGAAAAAAGGAAGGGCUAUAGAAAUGAUUGACUCCAACAUAGAAGACUCUUGUGCUCUAUCAGAUGUAUUGCGUUGCAUCCAUGUCAGUCUCUUAUGUGUUCAGCAACAUGCAGAGGAUAGGCCUGCCAUGCCUUCUGUGGUUCUAAUGUUGGGGAGUGAGAGUGAAUUGGCUGAGCCAAAAGAACCUGGUUUCUAUCUAAACAAUGAUGUGGGUGCAACACCUGCUAUAUCAGGUGAUAUAAUCUCUAUCAAUGAAUUAACUAUCACUUCAUUAGAAGCCAGAUGAAAAUUGAUUAAAUUGAAACCAAAUUAUUACAGGUCGUGUGAGUACAUACACAGGAAAUUAUGCUUUCAA